AUGUCACAAGAUAUAUCAUUAUCCCUCGAGGAAACAAACAAACUACGACUUAAAUUAGGAUUGAAACCAAUUCCCAUCACCAAAAAUGAAUCAGAGAAACAAAUUGAACCCACUCCAUCAUCAAAUAAUAUAAUAGAAUUAUCAAUUGAAGAAACUAAUAAACUACGGAAAUCCUUAGGAUUGCAACCAAUACCCACUGAACCCACAGAAUCAAAUUACCAGCUGAUUCAACUGCAAAAUUCCAAUCAAGAUAAUGACUUAUCCAAAAGAAUAGCGAAAGCUAAAGUUUCCUCGACUAAACGUAAAUUAAUGGAAAUUCAAAGUGAUGAAGAAGAAUUGGAUACUGAUAAUUGGUUAAAUAAUUUAGGAAAAGAACAUUCAACAAAAAAGCAAAAAAUUGAAACUAAAAAUACCGACAAUCACGACGAGGUAAAUGCCAAAAUCAAUCACAACCUUGAAGAAUUAAAUACUUUAAAAAAUAAUGAUAUUUUAACUUUACAAGAUUCAAAUAUUUUAGAUGAUGAAGAAGGAGAAGAUUUAUUGACGAACGAAAAAUUAACACAAGCCUUGAAAGUAAAGAAUAAAUUAAAGGAGAAAAAAGCAGCAGAUAUGUUGAAAUUUAAUGGUAGGCGGUAUCAACCAGAUGACGAUGAAGUUGAAGAUAGUGACUCCAUCAAUGGCAUAAGUAUUAAAAACUCAACUAUCAAACUAAAUUCAGCUCGUAAACCUUCUAGAGAGGAAGAAUCAAAACCCAAAAAUGUUACUAAAUUCACUGAUAUAUUUGAAAACAAAAAAGAUGAUGAAUCGGCGACUGAAUGGUCUCAACCUGAACCUAUCAAAUUCAAAAAAUUCAAGAAAAAAAAACCUUUGGAUAAUAGUAAAUCUAGAACGACAAGAAUAAAGGAUGAUGAUUUAAAUCCAUUAGAAGAAAUUGAUUUGAAUUUUGAAGAAUUAGAAAAUGAGUUACAUCAAUCAAUAACCGUAAACAGGACUACCAAACAACAAAGACAGAAAAGGCAAAGAGGAGAAAUAAUCAAACCAAAUGAUUCAGCAAAUGAAGCGAAAGCCAAUGAGAAAUUGCAGACUAUUAAAAAGUCAGAAGAAUCUAACAUGAAAAGACAAUAUUAUGUCGAUAAUAUUUAUGAUGAUACAAUUGGAUUUUUAAACAAUUUGGAUACAAAUUUAUUAAAUGAUCAAGAUGGUGAGCCUAUUGAAGAUAUGUUGCAAGUUGAAGAAGAUAAAGGUGCAAAACAGAAUGGUCAUGCUACGAAAGUUGAGAAUUCAAAUGAUGAUGGUCGAGAACAAAAGAGAGAAAUAACUUCAUCUACAUCAUUUACUCCAACUAAUGAUGAAGAAAACAAUGAACCAAAUUUUGGAGGUGGUCUAGCAGAUACUUUGAAAUUUUUACAAUCCAAAAAUUUAAUGCAAUCAGAUAAUAAUUCUGAAAAAUUCAAGAUCGUACCCACUAAUGAUACCUCAUCAUCAAGUAAUUUUAAAUAUAUUGAAAAAUUAAGUCAAAAAUCAGAACUAUUAAAAUUAAAAACUGAGAUAGAAGAAAGAGUAUUAAAAGAAGAAUUGGAAAAAGAUAAACAAUAUAAAAAUUUAUCAAAAGUCGAAAAAGAAAAAUAUUUUGAAGAGAAAUUAGAUGAAAGAUUGAAAAAUAAGAAUAUAAUUAAUGAAGAGAAUCAACAACCAGAAAGAAAUGGUAAUAGGUUUAAAAACAGAAAAAUUGGUAACAGUAACAAUAACAAUCGAGGUAAGAAUGAAUUUGAAUCUUAUAAUCCAAAAGUUGAAUUAAAUUAUAAAGAUGAUAAUGGUAAAGUUUUGAAUACUAAACAAGCUUAUAAACAUCUAUCUCAUAAAUAUCACGGUAAUUAA